UCAUCUUGUCAUUUCUCUAGUCUCCUAUCCUACAAUCGUUUAUUGUUGUAAAGAUUCAUAACAAUUAACAACAAACUCUAACUAAGACGUAGAGUAAAUGUUUAUAUAAUAUAUUUAAUAAAUUAAACUAGGCAGUAUAAUGGAGGUUGGGACUGUAAUUUAAUAAAAUUACAGUACUAUUCUUCUUAAAUACUUCGAGUCAUAUAAUGGAAGGUAGGAAACGUCAAAGAUGUGUAUAUGUCACUGCUCGUCAAAAAAAGAAACUUAUAGAAUUAAUGUCGAAACAUCCAGAAUUAAUUUCAUGCAAAAUUACACAGGAUUUUAAUUAUAAAGAUUCUCAGCGGCUAUGGCAAAAUAUAGCAAACGAAUGUAAUGCUAUGCCAGGAGCGAGAAAAACGUGGAGGCAGUGGCGAAAAUCUUGGCAUGAUAUCCGAUCGAAAACCAAAAAACGACAAGCAGAAAAGAAUGGUGAACUGCCUCUUCUUACAACAAUGCUAACUUCAGCUGAACAAGAGGCUCUUGGUAUAAAAAAUAUAUCAACAGCCUGUAAUUAUCAAGAAUCUACAGAGUUUGUUACAAUGAGUGAGACGCAUCAGGAGACUUUCAAUGAUGAAUUAUCAGGAGCAACAAUCAGUGAGCCGGAAUCUCCUCCGGAAACGAAAGUAUUCAACUCAAGACCUAAAACAAAUAAAGUUAAAUUAAAACCAUCGAAACAUAGCCCUAAACAUUCGAGUUUAUGUAACUUUAACUGUGAUAUGAUAGCAGUACAAGAGCAGAGAAAAAUUCAGAUUAAAGAAGAUUACGUUAAUUUCAAAAAAGACUAUCUUAGACAAAAAUUGAAACUAUUAAAAGAGCAAACCGAGGCACUGAAAAGUAUUGCCAGGGAACUGUCAAAGUGAUAUAAUAAUAAAGAGAAUUUAUUAAUAUUGCUAUAAGAUCUCAAAAAUAAGGCUCUCAAUGCAGAGUUUAGAAUUUAAAAAUAAGUUUCUUUUACACUUAAAAUAUUACAACAAAAUAAAGUGAUAGUUUGUAAAAA